CCUCUGAUUCUCACUUGUUGGGGUUUCCGUAAGCCGUUUUCCGACGUUUCAUCCGUCCAGAGCUCGCUGCUCGGAGUCCGAUGGAGAAUAAUAUGGACGGGGAACGGGACGUGAAGAGGCAGAAAAUUCUGGAGAAGUCAACUUCUCCGCCUCCCCCUCUUGGUUUUCAGAAUCCGCUUUUACCUUUAGCUAAUGCUUAUGAUGACGACGAUGAGGAUGAAGAUUUUGAGAGGAUGACACUGAGUGGUAGACGAGCAGGAGGAGGACAGAAUGCGGCUCGGGUGGAACAAAAUAGUGAGGAUGAUGAACAUGCUGACGAUGAGGAUGACAGUGAUGACCCAUCGGGACAAGAAUUACCUCAAGGGAAGCAGAAUCGUCAGAUUGAAGUACGAAGGGACUGCCCUUACCUUGAUACCGUCAAUCGUCAGGUGUUGGAUUUUGAUUUCGAGAAGUUUUGUUCAGUAUCUUUGUCAAAUUUGAACGUGUAUGCAUGUCUGGUUUGUGGGAAGUAUUACCAGGGAAGAGGGAAGAAGUCACAUGCAUAUACUCAUAGUCUAGAAGCAGGACACCAUGUUUACAUUAAUCUUCUGACUGAGAAAGUUUAUUGUCUUCCUGAUGGAUAUGAGAUCAAUGAUCCAUCAUUGGAUGACAUUCGACAUGUUUUGAACCCAAGGUUUACCAGAGAACAAGUUGAACAGCUUGACAGAAACAAGCAAUGGUCCAGAGCACUUGAUGGUUCAGAUUACCUUCCAGGAAUGGUGGGGCUGAACAACAUUCAAUUGACUGAUUUUGUUAAUGUUACCAUUCAAUCUUUAAUGAGAGUUACUCCCUUGAGGAACUUUUUCCUCAUUCCUGAAAACUACCAGCACCGUAAAUCUUCACUCGUCCAUCGAUUUGGAGAACUCACUAGGAAGAUCUGGCAUGCUAGAAACUUUAAAGGACAGGUGAGCCCUCAUGAGUUCCUGCAGGCAGUUAUGAAAGCUAGUAAAAAACGGUUUCGGAUAGGCAUGCAGUCUGAGCCAGUUGAAUUUUUGUCAUGGCUUCUUAAUACACUGCAUAAUGAUCUUAAAACCAGAAAGGGUGGUAGCAUCAUACACAAGUGCUUCCAGGGGGAACUAGAGGUUGUGAAAGAGAGUCAUAACAGAGCUCGUGGUGAUGACCAGAAUGGUGCUCCAAAUUCAACAGAGAGUAGAACUGAGAAUAAUGUUGUCACAGAGGCGUACAGAAUGCCAUUUUUAAUGCUUGGGCUGGAUUUGCCAGAACCACCUCUUUUUAAAGAUGUGAUGGAGAAGAACAUAAUACCACAGGUUCCUUUGUUCAAUAUACUAAAGAAGUUUGAUGGUGAGACUAUAACAACCACAGUUCGCCCUCCAGCAAGGAUGAGAUAUCGUGUUACCACAUUGCCACCCUACUUGAUACUCCAUAUGCGCCGCUUCACCAGGAACAACUUCUUCAGAGAAAAGAACCCAACAUUAGUCAACUUUCCUGUGAAAAACCUAGAAUUGAAGGAUUAUAUACCUCUGCCAGCACCAAACAAAGAGAAUGAGAAACUGCGCUCAAAGUAUGAUCUGAUAGCUAAUAUUGUCCAUGAUGGUAAACCUGAUGAGGGGUUUUACAGGGCCUUUGUGCAGCGGAAAUCAGAAGAACUAUGGUAUGAGAUUCAGGAUUUGCAUGUUUCUGAAACCCUUCCUCAGAUGGUUGCUCUUUCUGAAGCUUAUAUGCAGAUCUAUGAGCAGCAACAGUAGCAUUUCUAGCAUGUCAAGAGUUCGCCAAUGUUGAUGGCAAGAUGCUUAAUUCUCUCUAGGCUAUAGCAUGCUUUAUCAAACAGUAGAAGCAAUGUAAGGGAAACAAGAAGAGAUGUUGAUGCUUUUGAAAUGGAAGAUUUAUUGGGUUGGUUUUCUGCUACAUUUUGGGAAGAACAGAAAUCAGGACAAUAACACCCUCAAGGGGGUAGCCACGCAGGAUAUUAACUAUGUCCGUUCUUUUGUAAAAUAUCCAACAUUUCUUGCCUUGUAUAGAAACAGAUAUGAACAUUCCUAUUGGCAUGUAUUCUGUUUCCCAUAUUUAGUGUUACUGCCCCUUGUAGCCAUAAAAUAAAAGUUAUAGU